AGAUAUAAGCGGCCGCGGGCCGCUGAUGGGGUGUCAGCUGCGGAGUCUCCAUCUGGCAGAGCCGCGGCUGCCCAGGAGGAGGAGAACGCGGAGCCGGCCGGACCGACAGACGCGGCCCCCUUUCCCCAGCUCGCUCUGCCUCCUAGGAGCUCGCCGCGCGGUUCAGAUCCCUCCCGCCCCCAGCAGCCCAGAGCCGGAAUGGAAACGGUGCAGGAGCUGAUUCCUCUAGUCAAGGAGAUGAUGGCCCAGAAGCCCAGCCGGAAGCUGGUGAAGCUGUACGUGGUGGGCGGCGUGCUGGCCCUGUUCGGCAUGAUGCUGGGCUUGGUGGAGACCGUGUGCAGCCCCUUCACGGCCGCCAGCCGCCUGCGCGACGAGGAGGCCGCCGUGGCCGCGCUGCGGGCUGUCCGGGAGCGCCAGGCCCUGCAGGCACGGUCCUUGCAGGAGAAGGACAAACAACAGGAGGGCAUCCUCUGCAGCCGGCCCCUCGCCAACCGGCAGCACGCCUCCUAGAAACAGUGGGAGGCCAGCAGAGGUGGGGAGAGAGGAGAGAAAGAGAGAGAGCAAGAAAGGAAAAGAGAGAACCAGAGACUGAGUGAUUCAAGUAGAGAGAGCAGGAGUCCUGUGCUGUUUGGACUUACCUCGGAGAAGCCACUGACUCUCAGAAAUGAGCUAGCUCGCAGAUCCACCAAAAGGAAUCUGGGAUGAGUUUGCUGCUGUGCAGCGAUGCAGAAGGAGGACAUGUUCAAAACUACGUAUCUUUGAGCCCAGUGCAUCUACCAUUUGCACUACAGCAGAAGGAGGAGAAAUGCUUUUUAUAUUAUUGGUAUUAUUAUUAUUAUUGUUUUUACAAUGACCAUCAUUUUUAAAUAAAAAACGUUUUGUACUAUA